UAUAAUUAAGAAGAAAGGCAACACCGCCACAGUGAUAAAGCAAAGAGAAAAAGCGUGGCAAAGUAUUGCAGACCGCCUGAAUGCAUUAAACAUGAACGGGCCAAAACGGACAUGGCAGCAGGUCAAAAUCAAAUACAAGAACAUUCUGCAGAAUGCAGUGAAAAAGAAUACCCACAGACAAGGCACGGGUGGUGGGUCACCAAAGGCUGACCUUACCCCAGCAGAGGACAUGGCCUUGGAGCUAAAUAAAGGCAGGCCCGUCUUAGAGGGGAUCCCUGGGGGAAAAGAGACGAGCAUAGGUUCCUCCCAAGAUGCCACCCGCUUCAUUCAAGUGUCUGGCAGCACUGUGUUCCUGUUAGAGCCACCAGCACAAGCACCAGACGAUGCUGAUCCAGGUGAAGGCCCCAGUGCAGCAGCAACAGCACAUGAUGGAGACGAUGAUGAGGAGGAGACCAUCUCUCUGGAUUCCAGAAGGCAUGAGGACCCAGAUGCUAUACAGUGGGAAAACCAGCCUGGCAACAUAAGCUCACAAGCUAUCAGAAAGUUGUAUGGCAACCACCUCCGGCGCCAAAUAGAACUGGCAGACAUAGACAUUCAGUACAAGAAGAAAAAGAUGGAAAAUCUUGCACUGGAGUCCGAAAUAAAAAAGAGGACAAUUAGGAAACUGGACCUUGAAAUAAAAAAACUUGAGAGGGAGCUCCAAGAAGAUGACACAGCUGAUGACCAUCUAUAUGAAAGAUACAGGUUUUCUGCAGAUGGCAUCAGGUAUCUAUGCAGACUACUGGGUCCCAGGAUUAAGCACCGCACUGCACGGAGCCAUGCACUGAGUGUGGAGCAAAUGGUUUGUGUGGCCUUGCGCUUUUUUGCUAGUGGAGCCUUCCUGUACUCAGUGGGGGAUGCAGAACAGCUGAACAAGGCCACAAUUUGCCGCACAAUAAGGAGUGUGUGUCUGGCUAUCAAAGCAUUAGCAGAUGUCUUCAUCUCCUUCCCUGGCCACAGAAGACUCUGUGACAUCAAAGAGGAGUUCUAUAGGAUUGCAGAUGGUCUGCAAUGCUGACUGUGUGAUCAGCAAUGUUGUGGCAAAAUGGCCUGGCUCAGUCCAUGACUCCAGAUUCUUUCGGGCCUCUGAAAUCUAUCAGUGCCUAUCACAAGGUGAAUUCUCUGGUGUGUUGCUGGGAGACAGGGGGUAUGGCUGCCAGCCUUUUCUCCUGACACCUUUCACAGACCCCCAGGAAACACAGCAGGCCUACAACCAUGCCCAUGCCAGGACCAGGGCCAGAGUUGAAAUGACCUUUGGCCUCCUGAAGGCACGCUUUCACUGCCUUCACAAAUUAAGGGUCAGCCCUGUUAGGGCAUGUGAUAUUACUGUGGCUUGUGCUGUCCUCCACAAUGUGGCCUGCCUGAGGAAGGAGAGGGCCCCCAGAGUGCCACCAGCCAUGGACUGGGACAAUCCGGCAAUCUUCCCUGAUGACGACAGUGGUCGGCUGCUGAGGGACCAAUAUGUGUUGAAUUAUUUUAGUUAGUAUGUGUGCUUUCAAUUUUGGUUAAAUAUGUCCUGCGGUGGCAGAGGAAUUUGGUUUUUUUUGGGUUCGUUUUUUUUUACGAAUUUGGCCUCUUAUGAUGUUUGUGCGGUAUACUGUGUGUAAUACAAGGCUGCAGGGAGGCUACUGCAUCCAUUCAUUUGUCUGUUCAGUUGAUGUGUAUGGAUUUGUGCAGACAUGCAGGGUGUGUUAUAUACAGACCUUUGAAUGUGUAUGUAUCAUUUUGUAUAAUAUGCUUGGAUUCUGUGCUUUCCAUCUUGUAGAGUCACUGUGACUUCAGUUUCGAAAGGAGCUGAUGGUUUACCUGCUUUGUUUUGUCCUUAUUCAAUAAAGGAACAUAAUGUUA